AUGUCUGCCGUGGGAGGAAAGCUUUCGAAGGAAGAAUGGCGUCGUCAGAAGGAUCUCGACGCCGCACGUAAGGCAGGUACAGCACCCGCAGAAGUUGACGAGGAUGGCAAAGCCAUCAACCCUCACAUUCCAGAGUACAUCGUCAAGGCUCCUUGGUACGCUGACACCGGACAUGCUUCGCUCAAGCAUCAAAAGAACUGGGCGGCAGUGGAUGAGUCCAAGAUUGCCAAGAUUGGGGAAUGGUACGACCGAGGGGCCAAGGCCGGUCCGGCAGCUAAAAAGUACAGGAAGGGAGCCUGUGAGAAUUGCGGAGCCAUCACGCAUACCAAGAAGGACUGUUUGGAGCGACCACGAAAGAAGGGAGCCAAGUUUACCAACAGCAACAUUGCGGCAGACGAAGUCAUUCAGACUGUUAAGGGAGGAUACGAUGCUAAGCGAGAUCGUUACAACGGAUACGAUCCUGCUUCGCACGCCGAGGUCUACAAGGAAUACACCGCUAUGGAGGAGGAGCGCAAGCGGUUGCGAGAGGAAGAAGUGGACAAGCAGACGUCGACCGAGCUUGCGGCUGUUGCCAAGAAAGGCAAGACUGAGGACGACGAUGCCUUUGGUUCUUCCGACGAGGAUGAGCAUGACGAUGACAAGUAUGCGGACGAGGGGGAUGCGGUCGGUCAGAAGCUGGAUACCAAGAACCGAGUGUCGGUCAGGAACCUGCGUAUUCGAGAGGACACGGCCAAGUAUCUGUUGAACUUGGAUACCGAGUCGGCAUACUACGAUCCCAAGACCCGAUCGAUGCGAGAUGCGCCAGUCAAGGGUAACCCUGAAGAGAUGACAUUCGCCGGAGACAACUUCCAACGAUACUCGGGAGAUGCGGCUCGUAUUCAAAAGCUUCAACUGUUCGCUUGGCAAUCUGCUGCACGAGGGAACGACGUACACAUGAACGCCAACCCGACGCAAGGAGAGUUGCUGCACAAGGACUUCCAGGAGAAGAAGGAGCAGUUGCGGGACACCAACAAGAUCAGCAUUUUGGCCAAGUAUGGAGGUGCCGAGCAUCUUGAGAAGGUUCCCAAGGAGCUCUUGACCGGACAGACCGAGAACUACGUCGAGUAUUCUCGAACGGGAACGGUCAUCAAGGGACAAGAGCGGGCAAAGGCCAAGUCCAAGUACGAUGAGGAUGUCCUGCUCAACAACCACACCAGCGUAUGGGGCUCGUGGUACGACCUGGCGUCGGGUAUUUGGGGCUUUGCUUGUUGUCAUCUUACCAUUCCCGGAAGCUACUGCACGGGCAAAGCGGGUAUUGCUGCAAAUGAGGAGAACACGAUUCACAAGAUGCUCGAGUCUGCCGGUGCAAGGGAGGAACAACGAAAGCUGGACUCCGAAAGAGCACAGCAGAAGUCGCUAGCAGAGCAGCACCUUGAGAAUGUCGCGACCGGCAAGGGCAAGGGUCCCGCGGACCCCGAAGUCAAGCAGAACUUCUCCAAGGGUCGUCUUGGCGAAGGCGACGAGAUCGCUCUGGACAAGGAAAGAUUGAAGGCGGCCAUCGCUGCGGAGAAGAAGAGGAAAGGCGUUACGGAUGAGGAUGAGGCAUGGAAUCAAGCCAAGCGUUCAAAGACCGACGUCACGGAAGAGGAUAUGGAGGCCUACCGACUUACCCGUACAGCAGCCUUCGACGAUCCCAUGGCCAAUUACAAGGACGACGAGCUAUAG